UUAAAGUUUAAUCAUACAGAUGUCGCUAACAACAUCCGUCUCAUCUCCCACCAACUGACGGUAGAGCGUUUAUUUCUUUCUUGACGUGACGUGCUUUCAUCCAAGAUGACGAAGGGUACAUCCAGCUUUGGUAAGCGACGUAAUAAGACGCACACGCUGUGCAGGAGAUGUGGACGUAGCUCCUACCACAUCCAGAAAUCGCAGUGCGCGCAGUGUGGCUAUCCAGCAAAGAAAAUGCGUUCAUAUAACUGGUCGAUCAAGGCGAAAAGGAGAAAGACUACUGGUACUGGUCGCAUGCGUCAUCUCAAAAUUGUGCGCCGCAAGUUCAAGAAUGGAUUCAGGGAAGGCUUGCCGAAACCCAAAGCUGUUGCGGCUAAGUAAUACACCGACUUGUCUUUUUGUCUAAUUAAGUUGUACAAUUUUGACUACCAAUAAAAAAAGUCAAAAAAAAAAAACAA